AACGUGCUGUGUUUUGCCGAAGUUUUUCGCAAUUAUCUUGAAAAAUGUGCUCCGUAGAACAAAACCCGGUAUUCAGGGACCUCAGCGCUGACGACCCGGACCCGGAAGUCACGGAAAUCGAGUCUCUCUGCAUGAACUGCCAUUCGAACGGUAUUACACGCUUGCUGCUGACUCGGAUCCCGCACUACAAGAAUGUGGUCAUCAUGUCGUUCUCCUGCGAGGAGUGCGGAUACCAGAACAAUGAGAUCCAGCCCGGAGGGGCCUUUGCAGAGCUCGGAGUCAGAUGGAAGCUGCGAGUGGAGCAGCCCGAAGACCUGAACCGCCAGGUGGUCAAGAGCGACUACACCUGCGUCAGGAUACCGGAGCUGGACUUCGAGGUGCCGGCGCAGAGUCAGAAAGGAGAAGUCACCACAGUGGAGGGCAUCAUCACCCGUGCCAUAGCCGGUCUCACCCAAGACCAAGCGUCUCGCAGGGCGGAGCACCCGGAGGCAGCUGCUCAGAUAGACGCCUUCGUGAGCCGGCUGCAGGGCGCCCGGCAGCUGGACAAGCGCUGGACGUUGGAACUGGAGGAUGCCAGCGGCAACUGUUUCGUGGAAAACCCGGAGGCGCCGCGCAAGGACCCGCGCUGCGAGCGCGUCGACUUCAAGCGCACCAAGGACCAGGACCACAUGCUGGGCGUGUUCACCCGCGAGGAGGUGUCGGACAACCCUGACCCGUCACUCCUGACUCCGUGCGACCCGUCCGAGGCCUCAUACGAUCAGCUGUCUGCCGAUGAAGUCCUGCAGUUCCCAACCAACUGUCCUGACUGCAACGCCCCGGCCGCCACCAACAUGAAGCUCACCAAGAUCCCACAUUUCAAAGAAGUGGUCAUCAUGGCAACGGUGUGUGACGCUUGUGGGCACCGCACGAACGAGGUGAAAUCUGGGGGCGGAGUAGAAGACAAAGGAGUGAGGUUCGAGGUGCGGGUGGCCAGCAGGGAUGACUUCUCUAGAGACGUUCUUAAGUCAGAAACAUGCAAUAUGGAGAUACCGGAGCUCGAGCUGGAAGUGGGGGGGCGUGCGCUGGGGGGGCGCUUCACGACGGCGGAGGGGCUGCUGCGCGCCACGCUGGCGCAGCUCGCCGACGCGCCCGGCGCCACGGGCGACGCGCCCGGCCUGCGCCCCGGCGGGAUGGACAGCUUCAUAGCGACUAUGGAGGAUGUGCUGGAGUGCAGGCGUCCUGUGACCAUCAUACUGGACGACCCCGCGGGGAACUCCUACGUGCAGAGCCUCUCGCACGACGGCCAGCCCGACGAAGGCCUCAAGAUCGUCCACUACGAGCGGUCUCACGAGCAGAACGAGGAGCUCGGCCUCAACGACAUGAAGACGGAGGGAUACGAGGACAGCUAGACUGGAAGCACUACG